AUGACUGAGAUGACCGACUUAUAUCAGAAGAUAACUUCGCUGGAGAGCCAACACAAACGGUCACAACUGACCGGGGUCUACGGGGAACUGAUGGAACAUAGGAGGAAACUUAAAGACCUCAUCACACGAAAACACCUUCGCAGUCUACAACGCACGAAAGGAUUCUACUAUGCCCACGCUAAUAAGGGGGGGAGAUACCUGGCUAGGCUGCUCAAGGGCCCUAUGCCCCGCAGGCAAAUACGACAACUACGACUGGCCUCGGGUGAGGUGACCCCCUUCCCACAGAAGAUAGCUGAUGAGUUUCGGACCUUCUACCAAAACCUUUAUAACUUAUAUCCUCCCCAUCGGACAACGCUCGAAGCAAGCCACGACACACGAAUAACAAACUAUUUGUCCGACACGAUCACUAACGCAAUCGGCCAAGACUCGGCGGCCGAGCUCGACACACCGAUUAGCACGGAGGAGCUAGCGGCAGCCCUUAAGGUAUCCAAAUCGGGCAAGACCCCAGGUCCGGACGGCUUCUCGACUGGUUACUAUAAGAGUUUCUCCAAUCUCCUUCUACCGUGGUUGACCAAAGCGAUCAACGCGGUGGGUGAAGGCGGGAACCUGGGCGCGGAGUCCCUGGCAGCGACCAUUACGGUUUUGCUUAAGCCGGGAAAGGACCCACUACUCUGCGGAAGCUAUCGCCCAAUUUCCUUGUUGAACGUAGACGCCAAGUUAUUCACCAAGGUACUUGCAAGCAGACUCAACCACCUCCUACCGGAUCUGAUUCACGUAGACCAGACUGGCUUCAUCCCGGGACGGGAGGCUAGGGAUAGCACUCUGCGGCUGUUCUCCGUCCAACAACAUGCCAGAGCAACAAAAACCCGGCUACUCCUCUUAUCAACUGAUGCGGAAAAGGCAUUUGAUAGAAUCGACUGGACGUACAUGAAGGACACACUACAUCGAAUGGGAUGUGGACAUAGGUUCCUCACUUGGAUAUCAGCUUUAUACAGUAAACCACACGCGAAUGUGAGAGUAAACGGGUCCACGACUGCCGACUUCACGAUAAGUAAUGGCACCCGUCAGGGUUGCCCACUCUCGCCACUUCUGUUCGCAAUGUCAUUAGAACCACUACUCCAGGCGAUUCGUUCAAACCCUGACAUUCAGGGCUAUAACUGGCGAGACACACACCAUAAAGUAGCCGCGUACGCUGACGACCUCUUGUUUUUUGUGCAAAGCCCUAGGACAACAUUACCCUGCCUGCUCUCGGAAUUCGACAAAUUUGGUCAAAUCUCAGGUUUCAAACUUAACCUCUCAAAAUGUGAAGUCUUGAACAUCACGAUUCCUUCCGAAGAAUACGCAUCCCUCGAUUCACAAUUUCCUUUCCGUUGGUGUUAUGGUAAAAUGAAAUACCUGGGAAUCUGGGUGGCCACGGCCCCAGACGAUAUAUAUCAAAUCAACUUUACUCCCCUCAUGAAGUCAAUCGUCACGGACUUGAAUAGAUGGUCGUACCCUCACAUAACAUGGCACGGCAGAGUGGCAGUACUCAAAAUGAAUAUCUUACCGAGAAUUCUCUACCUUAUGCAGACAAUCCCAUUGGCCAUACCAAGUAUCUUCUUUUCCUCUCUGAAAACGGCUAUAAUCAAAUUUGUAUGGCGCGGCGAUCGCUCCAGAAUCCGAUAUGACAUUCUCUGCCGGCCAAGAAAUCACGGAGGACUCGCACUCCCGGAUAUCAAGAAAUACCAUCAAGCCACGAUGAUGCAACGGAUACUGGACUGGCACCAGGACCCCACAACGAAACAAUGGGUAGAACUUGAUAAAGGCCUACUCGGACCAUCACUUGAGAUGGAGAUAUGGGGAGGUGUGAGGGGUCAGGUGUCCAACGAAAAUAGAGGGGGCCUGAUACGACAUACGCUGCUCGGCUGGAGGUCGCUGAGGAACCUGGGCCACAUCUCGCCUACCCCCAGCCCCAUGAUUCCGAUCACGCAUAAUGUGACUUUGGGAGGCGGACUACCAUCAGGGGCAUGGCCUAUCGUGGGCACUAGGGACUAUGUCCCCAUCUAUCAAGUUCUUGAAGGGGGUAGGCUACGGGACCUGACCACUUUAUUGGGGACAGAACCUAGGACCCCUCUUGCGAUCCUCAGAUACCUUCAAUUACAACACUACUAUAACUCGAUGCCGCAUAAUGAUCGCCUGCAUCGCGACCUCACCUGGUUUGAAGGCCUAUGCAUCCGGGGCACCCCACUAGACCACGCAAUCUCGGCGAUGUACCAACACUUACUUAUAGGGGAUAUACCUCAGGCCUCCACCUUUCGCCGUCAAUGGGAGGAACAACUCGGAAAGACACUCACACAAGCACAAUGGGACACGGCAUUACUGUGGCAGCAGAAAAGCUCAAUGAGUUCGUACUACCAGGAAGUUAACUACAAAUUGCUCUCAUUAUGGUACAGGACCCCGAUAUUGUUGCACAGGAUCUUCCCAUCAAUCACCCCACUGUGUUGGAGAUGCCAGGCAGAACGCGGCACACUGAUACACAUAUGGUGGGAAUGUAGGGACAUCGUUCCAUACUGGACGAUGAUUAAGGAAGCGAUAAUUGACAUCCUGGGAGACAUCCCGGAAUGGAGCGCGGAGCUAGCCCUGUUGCACAUCUCGACGCAACCCAUUAGGACGUACAAAAGAUCUAUAUUACGCCACCUGUUAAACGCGGCUAAAGCUAACAUACCGGCACUUUGGAAACAACGCAACAUACCGUCGAAGACAGAAUGGAUCCGCAGGGUGGAAGACAUAUAUGGGGCGGAAGACAUUCACGCCACCCUGACCGACCGUAAAACGAAACAUACGGAGCUGUGGCUCCCUUGGUUCCUAUUCAUUACCCAAUACAGACAAAGAGCAGUUCCUCCAGAACCCACUAAUGGAGUGACAGCAGACGCUGGUUCCACUUGACGCAGACUAACCCACCCUACCUCCCUUUCUUUUAUACCUAUUCCUUCCAUAUCUUUCUUCACCUUUGCAAUCACUUAACUAAUGGGCUCUCGGGGCUGAGGGAGGGGGCUUAGGGGGAAAUAUUAGUAGACGUGCAAUUUGCUACACCCUCACGUCACGUAUGCUUUUAGUCCUCGCAGGAUCUGAACGAUAAAUCAUGGCUUGGGGAACACGAGAUAUUCUUAGAUACACAUACUACUGUGGCACAAACCGAAGUGAGGGACAAUACGUGUUCAUCACUUAUGGUUGUGCACCGAAAAGACCCACUUCACGCUCACCAAAUGCUAACGCUGGUACACACACCAAUGACGCAGCACAUUCACUCACAUUGACACUCGCGUUGUCAAUACCAACGACAUGUAACUCGCAACACGGGAUAUUAGCGUAUUGCAGGCUCUGCCAGGAUUGGUAACGACGCUGGCCUUCACGCAUGCUAGCCACGAACUGGGAAUACUCCCACUAUUUUUGCGUGCUAGGAUACACCUAGCGACACCAACACGGACCUACGGGCCCGAACCUAGCGGGAGCCAGUGGCUUGCCUUUCAUACAAUGACUUCAAUUAACCGUUUGAAAGACCAGGUAACACAGUGUUAUGUGGCUCCCGCCAUAAAUAGCUGAGAACGACCUCUCCCGACGCAACUCCCGUUUACCCUUUACGCACAUAUUGGCUAAGGGAAGCAACCUGUUUGUUACAGCCGUUCCAUUUUAUAUAAUACUACUGUUUCCCCUCGUUGUAUAAUUAUAUUGCUUUUAAAAUGUCGACCGCAUACUCACCCUGCAUGAAGACCUACGAGUCUCUCUAGGGGAAGUUAUGUGGAGAUUUGCAUAUCUCAUUGUAUUCUAUUUUGUGUACUAAUAUACUAUAGAAACCUGCGAGUUUCACAUUGUUUACCCACUCACUGCUUUCUACGUAGUGACCAAUCUCAAUAAAAAGAUUUUCAAAAAAAAAAAAAAACAUUAGAUGAAUCUACAGGAAGUGUUUAGAAAAGCUGCACCAGUUACAUACAGGGAGGUGUGAUAAAGACGCAUAAACAAAGUUAUUUAACUCCUAAAUGACAGAGAAUUGAGCAGUGUCACUGCUCAAUAAUCUGCCAUUGAAGAGUUAAACCACUUUUGUUUCUGUUUAUGCAGCCCUAGCCACACCACUCCUCGCUGUGUCACACACAUCCUACAUGAAAGAAAAUGGUUUUAUUUCAUCAGAUCUAACACAGUGUAUUUAUUUUAGAAGUGCUAAUUUCCUGCUUUGUUAACAACGCAUAACAGAAUUAUACUGCCAUGCAAUAUUUAACAAACAGGGCCUGUUUCCCUUAACAAAAAACAACUAUCUCUUUGCAGAGAUAAUAAGUGAUACUAUAUGGUGCCUAAAACAGUCAAUCUAAAAUACUGAAAGAAAUAUGGUAUAGACUAUAUACCAACAAGUGGAGCGCUAUAUAAAUGUAAAUAUAAAAUAGUAGAGGGGUGCACUUACCCCAUUAAUGAAAUAACACACUUGGAAAUAUGUACUUGGGGAAACAUAGAGAAAAACAAAGAAAUAUAUAGUGUAGAUGGUUUCAAGUAAUGAUGGGUGGUAAGAGUAAGUAACUAGAACCACUCACAUGGACUGGAGCCUAUGUAAUAUUGGCUCCAUAGGAUAAUCAUUUUUGCUCUUUGGGCAGCAACACACCCCUUGUUUAAAGAUGUUCCUCCGAAGAUAUAAAACAAGAAAGAAUAGACCAGAUGUGCAGUAUUGUAUUAAAUGCAAUUAUUAUACUUAUAGUAAGUAUUGUGCUCACCUUGAUUAGAGCCUUAAGUUCUCGGCUCUUAGGGUGAUCAGCAGUGUGCCAAUUUCCUUGGGAUGGCACUCCCCAAUGAAGUUCCUGAAGGCUUUUUGGUACUGAAUGGAAUAAGUUUCAAAUUAAAAACAAAGUUGUACUAAAUAUAAAGAAUAAAAAGUCCAAAUAAAAGUCCAAAAUCAGCCAAAACGCGUUUCACUCUUCUGUGAGCUUUCUCUGUCAGCUGUAGCUGUUUCCCUGCUGGUAACAUAGGCACCCCUGAUAUCUAAUUAACACCUCAGUUACAAAAAAACAACCAUCUCUUUGCAGAGAUAGUAUCAGAUGUAUCAGGUACGUCCAACAAAAAAACGGUUGUUAGCGACCUCGGACGUACCUGAUACGUCUGCGGCAAAAUUAAGCGCUGGAAGCAAACGUGAUCGCUUCCAGACCCUCUAACGGUAUUGCAGCAAUGCCUCAAUAUCGAGGCAUCCUGCAAUAUCUCCCCUGACUGCCCGACCGCCAGGUGAUCGCUCCCCUGGAGAGAUCACUUCUAGAUUGCUCUCGUGCCGCAGUGUAUCAGAGCAUCGGAAGCCAUCGGGGAGGCUUCCGAUGCGCUGCCUGUGCUGAGUGCCUUGAGGGGUUGAGGAACUCAGUGAAGAAUAAAUAAAAUAUUUAGAAAAAUCAAUUAAAAUAAAAUAUAUGUAUUAACCAUCCCCCCACCCGGCCAUGGGGAUUCCAAUAUGGCACUGCCUUUCUUCUGGGGGUGUCUCUAGCCUGAGGCUUCUGGGGGUGUCUCUAUUCUGCCACAUUACAGAGGCAGGCUAGGGUCAUCCUAUCAGAGCUUGGCCCUAUAAUAAUAUUCAUUGUUACUAUGAUCCCCAUUUGUCUGGUGAGGUCAAUAUAAGUAAAUAUUGACUCUGAUCAGCGUGGAUCUCCCUCCCUCUCUUUGCUUGUGUUUUAGUGAGAGAGAUCUGUGUUUUAGGUAGAGCGAUUUAGGUAGUUUUAGGUAGGGAUUUGUAAAAUUGUGAGACCCAAAGGCUCUUUUCAGAGCCAUUAACCCCUAUCUUGCCAGUUAUCAUCUUAAUAACUGGCUCUUGCACAGCAGCACUUAUUUUGCUGUCUGUGAAUUGUUUAAGGGGUUAAUUUUUUUAUUGGUAAUUUUUUUUAUUUGACAGAUCACUAAAUAAAGUGAUUGUGAUCAUGUCACAGAGGUUACAGAGUCGUAUAGUGGAGAGGAGGCGUAUGCCAUCCUUGCGUUAGAAUCUGACGCGUCUAUGUCUGACUCCGACCCUGAUUUUGACCCUGCCAGGUGCUCAGAUACAUCACUAGAUACAGUGUCUGCUGCUAGUGAUGUAUCUAGUUAAGAUGCAUCUGUAGCUGCUAGUCCCCCUGCCAAAAGCAGACAUACUGCUUCAGCUGGCAGUGCUGCUAAGGAGUGGAUAGCGCCUCAUCGCCGGAGGCCAGAUAUUCCACCCUUCACCGCAAAUCCUGGCAUCAAUGUGGAUGUCGCAGGAUUUAGCCCCCAAGAGUUUAUGGAGGUGUUUCUUGGCAAUGAUGUAUUAGGGAACAUUGUCACCCAAACUAAUUUAUAUGCCCAUCAGUUCCGUGCUGCAAAGCCUUACUCUUUUUUGGCAAAGCAGCAAUGGGCCCCCAUCGAUGUGCCAGAAUUAAAAAAAUUCUGGGCAUUGACUAUGCUAAUGGGCAUCAUAAAGAAGCCCUUCAUCCGCUCCUACUGGAGCAGUAGCCCAAUCUGCUCUACCCCAUUUAUUCCCAGUGUAUGUUGAGGAAGAGGUAUGAAAUGAUCCUACAUUUCAUGCACUUCAGCGACAACAGCCUGUGCCCCCCUAGGCAGCAUCCCCAGUUUGACAGGCUGUAUAAAAUCCACCCCCUGAUUACCCACUUCGCUGCCAGGUUUGCAGUGGCUUAUACACCUGCAAGGAAUAUAUGCGUGGCUGAAUCCCUGAUGAAGUAUAAGGGGAGGCUGGGAUUCAGGCAGUAUAUUCCUUUCAUGCACUCCAGGUAUGGUGUAAAGAUGUAUAAGCUCUGUGAGAGCAAGACUGGGUAUACUCAGGCUUUCUGGGUGAAUGAGGGAAAGGAUAGCAACCUCCAGGUUGCCCAGAACAUAUGGGAACCAGUGGCAAGAUUGUCUGGAACCUGAUAGGGUACCACUUGUAUAAAGACAAUUUUUUACAAGUGUCCCUUUGUUCAAGCUACUAUAUUGUUUUGAUACAGUAGCUUGUGGUACAACCAAAAAGAACCGCGCAGGUUUCCCAGGACAAAUUGCACGCACCCGACUACAAAGGGGGACGACCUCAGCUCUGCGCCCAGAGGAGCUGUUGGCAGUUAAGUACAGAGACAAGAAGGAUGUGUACCUUCUUACCACCAUCCACACUGAGAGGACUGUGGAGGUCUCUGUACAUGGCAGAGCUGAGAGCACAAGGAAGCCAAUAGGCCUAUAACCGGCAUAUUGGUGGGGUUGAUCUGGCAGAUCAGCUGCUGCAGCCCUACCUAAUUAUACAGAAGACAAGGGCCUGGUACAAAAAGAUUGCAACUUACUUAAUGCAGAUUGCAAUCCACAACGCUUUUUUUUGUUGUGCAAAAAAUCAAACCCCGGAAUGAAAUUGACUUUUAUACAGUUUGAACCCCACAUCACGCAAACCCAAGAAUAUUACUGAACUGGAGGCCAUUGAUCCUAAGCAAUGGGCUAAGAUUCCUCAGGAAUGCUGUCAGAAGCUGGUGUCUGACUAUGCAUCCCGUUUGCAACAGGUCAUAAAGCAAAAAGGUGCACUAUUAAGUUCUAAAAAUAUUUACCUUGAAAUGGUGGAAUAAUUUUGAGACUGGAGAAGUCAUUAUAAGUUGCAUUUUUACUUGAAUAUGAGGUGGGAAACCACAUGAAGCAUUUGUUGUGUUGAGCUACUUCAAUUGCUUUUGUUUGAUUUUUUUUCAUUGCAAACAGCUGAAAGUCUGUAAAUUUUGACAAUAAGCAAUUUUUAACAAUAAUCCCCAUUUUCAAUGGGGGGUUGGGUAACUUUGAUUACAACUGUAAUGUAAGAGUCCCCAGUGGGGUCCAGAUUUUCAAAUCAUUUGCAUUUAUGGAGUAAUUUUAAAUAGAAUAAAAUGCCACAAAAUGCACUAUAUACCCAUUUUCAAUGUGCCUUUUUUUAAACACUGUGCUGGGCUGGUUAUAAAUUCAGCCCUGUAUUUUCACAAAAGCAUGACAAAGGUAUGCAAAUAAUAUAUUCUGGAGAUAUAGCUGAAAACAAUUUAGUAAUUUUUUUUUUUUAUUACAGUAGCACAUAUCAAGUUUACAAAAUAAAACAAUAAAUUGCAAUGUGUAUGUAUAAAAAUGUAAAAAUGAAAUAAUGCCAUAAACUUUGAAAGAAAUUGUUGCUAAAAUUGGCUGAAUAAUAAGACUCAAAAUAUACCUAAUGAAAUAACCUGUGGUGUCUACUUUCACAAAUGAUAUGCAUUUAUGGGGUAAUUUAAACAGUCAGACUUCAAAAUGUUCCAAAAAUGUGGGGUAGGCCAAUCAAAUACAUCAAUCACAAUUCUAAUAGUAAAAAUUGAAAUUGAAAUAUGGCACUGUCACUUGCAAGAUAGUGCCAAAUUGUAUACACUGGGGGUUUAAUCACAGUGGCACAUAACACAUUUGCAAAAUGCCCAGCAAACAUGUAAAGUGUGAGCAAAUAAGAAAAAAAAAAUGAAUGUGAAAAAUAAAGCGGAACUGUCAAAAUAGAAUCUUUAUGAAAUACUCAUUAUGACUGUGUUGGAAUUUCACUGAAAUUACAACCAAGUCAAGAGAUAUACAGAGACAAAUUAGGGCCUACUUUGUCCCUGUAUUUCUCCUUCACCUGGCUAUCUUAGAAUCAGGGUGGUGUCUAAGUGUCAGUCCCCACAGUCGUCACCAGUGACAUUGGCUGUGUCUAUUGUGGAAGUACAGCAGUGACGUCAUCUUCUGGCACUGAGUUGAAGAGGAGUGUUUUGGGGGUUUUUUUGUGUCAAAAGAUGAAAAUUGCGGUUGAACACAUACAAUGUAAAAAUUAAAAAUGGCUUGUGUCCUUAAAGGGAUCGUAUAUUGCCAGGUAAGCAAAGCCAUUAUCCUGGCACUAUAAGGUUAAUAGGUUCCUCUCCUCCCCCCCAUCAGCCACUUACUUGAAUCGAGCACCGACGUCAACCGGCGGGGAAAACCUAAUGCGCAUGUGCGGUAGUGUUUUCAAAAUCUGAUGCUGCAGGUCCACAGAGGGCAGACUUAGAGCUGCAAUGUAAUCAUUGCAGUUCUCUGGAACUGCAAUGUUUUACAUUGCAGCACUAAGUGCAACAGGGACACAGCACCCAGACCACUUCAAUUAGCUGAAGUAGUCUGGGUGCCUACAGUGUUCCUUUUAAGUGAAAGACAAAGAAAGUAAGAUGAGCCCACUUAUUUAGAUUUGUUGUUAUGUAGUUUAACAUUUAUAUGAAUGUAAUUUAAAAAAAAAGAUUCUGUUACAAAUAAUUUGAUGUGAAUAAUACAUAUAUUUUUUUUUAUUUUUUUUUAUCAGCAGUAGAUAAAUUGAAUCUUAUGCCGCAUGAAAUUAUAAUACCAAAGCAGUUAUCUGCAGAUGUGAAAGAUAAUUCUGUAAGUUUAAAAUAAAUUAGCAUAUUUCUGAAAAUGUAUAUUUGGUAAAAGAAAAAAAUCAAUUGAUAGUUAAAAAGUAUUUGAUGAUUGCCUGCUGAUUUUGAACAUUUGCCCACUAACAAAGAAAUGAUCAGCCUAUAAUUUUAAUGGUAGUUGUACUGUUUUUUAUUUUAUUUUAUUUUUUAAAUAUUCUUUAUUUUUGUGUGCAUUAAUAAACGUACAAGAAUAUGUAGACAUUUAAGUAAGAGUAAAUUCCAGAAAAUUGGUAGUCAAGCUUCACAUUAAAUGUCAAAAAUCAUUGCACAUUUUUGGGGGCGUGGUCUGGCAGCCAACUUGAAUGGCUGCAUAACUUGACAGCUCCAGUGCAUCCAUCCGCAAUCCCGCACCUGAAAUCAGCAUUGCAACUCAAAACUUACCCCUAGAUGUCCCAAAUAGGAUCUGGAGCUACACCACGCUGAAAGAAGUGAGGAGAGAGACAAGAUCCAUCUCCAUUAG